ACAUACGAAAGGCGCACCGGCAAAAUGGCGGCUGGGCCGCGGAAACGCGGCCGGACCAGUGCCGCAGCCCAGGCAGCGGGACUCUGCGGGCAGUGGCUGCAGCGCACCUGGCAAGAGCGGCGCCUCCUGCUGCAGGAGCCGCGCUACACUCUGCUAGUGGCCGCCUGCCUCUGCCUGGCGGAGGUGGGCAUCACCUUCUGGGUCAUUCACAGGGUGGCAUACACAGAGAUCGACUGGAAGGCCUACAUGGCCCAAGUGGAGGGUGUCAUCAAUGGCACCUAUGACUAUACCCAACUGCAGGGUGACACUGGACCUCUUGUGUACCCAGCUGGCUUUGUGUACAUCUUUAUGGGGCUAUACUAUGCCACUGGCCGGGGCACUGACAUCUUCAUGGCCCAGAACAUCUUUGCUGUGCUCUACCUGGCCACCUUGCUGCUCGUUUUCUUGAUCUACCACCAGACCUGCAAGGUACCUCCCUUCGUCUUUUUCUUCAUGUGCUGUGCCUCUUACCGUGUGCACUCCAUCUUUGUGCUGCGACUCUUCAAUGACCCAGUGGCCAUGGCUCUGCUCUUCCUCAGUAUCAACCUCCUGCUGGCCCAGCGCUGGGGCUGGGGCUGCUGCUGUUUCAGCCUGGCAGUCUCUGUGAAGAUGAAUGUGCUGCUCUUCGCCCCUGGUUUACUCUUCCUUCUCCUGACGCAGUUUGGCUUCCGUGGGGCUCUCCCCAAGCUGGGCAUCUGUGCUGUCCUUCAGGUGGUGCUGGGGCUGCCCUUCCUGAUGGAGAACCCUGUUGGCUACCUGUCCCGCUCCUUUGACCUUGGCCGCCAGUUUCUUUUCCGCUGGACAGUGAACUGGCGCUUCCUCCCCGAGGCCCUCUUCCUGAAUCGUGUUUUCCACCUGGCCCUGUUGGCCGCCCACCUCACCCUGCUCUUCCUGUUUGCCCUCUGCAGGUGGCACAGGACAGGGGAAAGUAUCCUGUCGCUGCUGAAGGAUCCCUCCAAAAGGAAGGUUCCACCCCAGCCCCUCACACCCAAUCAGAUCGUUUCUACCCUCUUCACUUCCAACUUCAUUGGCAUCUGCUUCAGCCGCUCCCUCCACUACCAGUUCUAUGUCUGGUAUUUCCAUACACUGCCCUACCUCCUGUGGGCCACACCUGCACGCUGGCUCACACACCUGCUCAGGUUGCUGGUGUUGGGGCUCAUUGAGCUUUCCUGGAAUACAUACCCUUCCACAUCCUGCAGCUCUGCUGCCCUGCACUUGUGCCAUGCCGUCAUCCUGCUGCAGCUCUGGCUGGGUCCGCAGCCUUUCCCCAAGAGCAACCAGCACAGCAAGAAAGCCCACUGAAAUCCACCCCUUUCCCUCCAGUCCACUUGUAGGACCCUGGGUGGCAUGGAUUCUGUGCCCUUUUGAAUAAACCUUGCCAAGUCCACCUCUGUGCAGCCUACUCAGAGGUUGAGGCAGCUGGUGCCUGGACCAAGCUGUAAGGGGCAUGUAUGGGGCAGAUAAAGAAUUCACUCAGGCA